CACUCUCGGCAUCCGGAAGUUAUCAGUCUCGUGACGUUAGAUGAGUGCUAGUACAGCUUCGGAAUGACUAGUGUACCUAUUUUUUUUUUACCCCUAAACGUUUGAGCUGUCAUAAAUAACUUUUGAACUGUCGCUGUCAGCUACCGGUUUAGCUCUGUUACCGUUUUACAAACAUGGAGCUAACAGAAUGGACCGCUUUCGAAGGAUGUAUCCCUCCGCACCUUCGGGAUGAAUACUUCCACAGGACCUAGCUCCUCUGUUAGCCUCACUGAAGUACUGAGGCGGUGAACAUGUCAGAAUUUUGGUUGGAUGAACUGUCAAAUUUCGGGGACUAUGCAAACAACCAGGAGCUGACAGACAUACUGACUCUGUCUAAUGAUCCGAACAGCGUGUCAGAUGUUCGUGUGAGCCCAGAUGGACGUCACAUUCAUAUCAUCCUGCGCAAGCCUAAGGUCGGUCUUGUGACGUUUGACAAGUAUGAAAGCCCCCAGUCGGGUCAGACCCACAAGAAGCUGGAGCUGUCUUCUACCAGAACGCUUCCCGUGGUGGACAUUUGCUACCUGGACCAUCAUAAUAACAAUAACAGCAGCAGAGGCACGGCGGCUGUUGCGGUGGUUUAUGAGAAUGGAAAAGCGGAGUUCUGGAGCUUCCAUGAGCGCAAGGCUGGCUGGCGUCUUCUGCAGACGGCAGAUUUGUGCAACGGUCCCCGGGCCAGAGUUGUGUCCGUCUGCGCGUGCUCCAGUUUCAUCAUCUGGUGUGAGGAGCGACCACCCCCAGAAAGCUCCCCGAGCCUCGGCUCUACCAGGAACAAGCUGGAGUUCUGCGUUUGCAGGCGCGACUUUGAGGUGGAGGACGGAUCUGUCAGUUUAGGAGGAGUGAAAAUCACCCUCCACAACAGCCCCAAAUUCACCGUGAUGAGCUCAGGUGAUUAUGUGCAUCUUGUGCCUUACAUGAAAGGGAAACCACUGCAGUGCGUCUCAUCUAAGUUUUUACUCACCUGGUCACCUCACCAUGACUCGUUCACUGUCAGCGCUGUGUGCAAAAACACACCGAUAAAAAAGGUUUCAGCCAAAGAAUCUGACUUUAAGAAACUGAUAACCGAUUGUUUGGGUUAUUUUUUUGCUCUCGAGCCCCCUGAGCUCUAUGACGCUUCUCCUACAGGCUGCGGAGGCCUGCUGCUCCUCCUCAGCACCGGCUGGUUGUGUCUCCUGCAGAAAGACGGGACGCUGAGACACGUCUACAAACUGCCAGGGAACAGUUUGGCAAAACACGGCACUCACACCAGCUUUUGUAUGUACCAAAACAUUCUGGCUCUUGUAGUUGGACAAACACUGCACCUAAUCGAGUCGAGCUGCGGCAAGGAGCUGCAAACGUUUUUAUUAAAGGCCAAAGGAAUGUUAUUUGUAAACCAGGCCAGAAGACAAACUCCAUUUCUGCUGUCUGACACUGGACUUUUCGUGGUUCUGGACAAGAAAACGGACGCCUCGAACUGCAGCUCAAAGGUGAAACCAGUCGAGACUGUUCAUCCUGAAGCCCUGCUGGUGGAAGCUGUCUUUGAGGAGGCGUGUAAGUACUACCAGCAGAGGAGCCUGAGCAGCACCCAGCUCACUGUGGACGCGCUGAAACGAGGACGAUUCCAGGCUCCCAUCUCUUUAGCCUCCAUCCUCAGGUGCUACCUCAGCACAGGUUUGAGGAAGAAGGACGCAGAGAUGCUACUGAACCCGGGAGGGGGACUUAUUGCAGGACAAGGCAAGCUAAUGGUCUCCCUGGAGGGUGAGCUCAGGAUUCUGGUGUCGCUGGAGGAGCUGAAGGGGAGUUUAGUGAGGGGGGGGCCUAAAGAGGUGGAGGUCAUGUGUGAGAGUCUGGUGGAGAAGGAGAUGGUGAGACUGCUGUCGUCUUCCGAGUUGGAUAAAGAAGCCCUGCUGUACCUGAACUCCAUCUUCAGCAUCUUCCCUUGCCAGGCGUGGAGGGCUGCUCAGGCUGCACUACAGCUGCACUACAACGGGGAGGGCUCUCUGUCCAGCAGGGCCCCCCCAGACGUUUGGAAAACGGUCCUCAGUCUCACAACAACCUCCAGCCCCACAGCUGUGCUGUUAUUCACAAACGGGCAGCCGAAACGCAACCACGGCGUCAGAAACGACCACACCCGUAAACCUGCAGCCUUCCUGCCUGUGUUUGAGCUCCUCUGUCGGUCCAUUCUCCACUUCCAGCCCACGUGGUUGCCGAAGUUCCUGGAGCUGGCGCAGCAGCAGCAGGGCUCUGCAGGUUUGGGUUUGAGUCUGGCUUCCUCCUCCUGGAGCUUUUCCGGCGGGAGAGGAGGGGAGGGCGGGGAGAACAACAUGCCCCUCUACAGACGGGCGUUGUGCGUCUUGUCCGGUGUGAAUCCAGACGGAGACCAGGACCUGGAGGUGGAGCUGCUGCUGGUCGGUGGGCGGCCUAACGCCAUCCUGCAGGCGCUGAGGAUCCUCAUGAGGAAGCAGCAGUGGGAGCGGGUCACCCAGGUGGCCCAGCGCUUCUGCAAGCAGAGCCCGCUGCUCAACAAGGAGAUUUUCACUACUCUGCUCUGUGAGGUGACUCAUCACAGAGACCUGGACCCCUACCUGGACCUGCUCUGGGCCUUGUGCCCCGAAGACUUCACUGUCACUACCAUCCUUAACUUGGUGCUGAAAAACCUUCCGUCCCCUCACACCCCCUCCCACCCUGCAACAUUUUUCAUGUCCCACGCCACCCCCUCCUCCCCGUCUCCCUUUGCAGACCCCGACAGCAGCCAGCUGACCAUCGGCUUGCUGAAGCCGCUUCUGAGAAAGGUUCUUCAGCGGGAGACCAAACCCAGCCAGCGCUACGUCGACAUCCUCCAGUCGCCGCUCUACCCCCCUCCAGCUCUGCCCCGUCAGCCCACCGACCCGCUGGGCUGUGUCACAGAUCCCAGCGCCGACUCGGCAGCUCUUCGUGCAGAAACACCCGAGUUACAGUCGUCUACAAACAUUCAACGGUCCGGUGUUGCACUUCCUGCUGACCCACUUACAUAAACAUGAACAAAGCAGCACAUUCCACACGAUCAAUAGGGAAUGUGUCAACAACGGUAUUCAGAUAUGUCGUGGGGACAAUAAUUAACUGACUUGAUUGUGUGUUUUUGAACAAGUUGCCUACUAGAAGCUCUAAAGUGACUACUGGUCCUACCAGGGUAAACGUGGUAGGAGGGUUUGAAAUUGCAUCUCCAGUGUUAUUUAUCUCCUCCCUCUUAUUUAUCCCCCUGUAUAUAAGAGUAUACUGUACUGAAACAGUAAUGGAGAUUUAUCGGUUUAUCUCCUGAAAGCAUACGGAUGAGUGUGGUCUUGCACUGAGGAACUUUUAAAGUGAAAAUACAAACUUCUGGGUUUGUUUUAGUGCUUUGUAAAAAGAAAAAAAAAACGAUCUGCUGUCUUUCUAACCCACUUUCGAGAAACUGGACAAACUGGCCCUUUGUUUUGGGUAGAGGAGCUGGGGUCAAGGUUCGUUAGCUGACUUUUAGUUUCACAUUAACCACAUUAUAAACGCCUAAUCUUUCACCCACUUUGAUGGCCUUGUUUAAAUCUGCAAACUGAACCCACAACAGCCGCCGUGUCCCGGUUACGCUCUCCCAAUCCCUUUCUCCCAUUUUCCUCUCCGGACUCCAUCUUGUCCUCUGUUCCUUCUCAGCCCGACUCCUGGGACAUUCCAGACUAAAUUCCCAGUAAAACUGACUCACGUUGGACCUUUAAUUCAAUUUUAAUGUUAAUCUUAUUGGGAUUCAAGUGUGUGUGGGACUGGUAACGACUAACACAAGCACCCUGCUGCUUCUUCCUGGACUUUAAUGUUAUUACGGGCUCUGUGCGUCCUCUCCUUUGCACUUUUUAAUCUCACCAGUCAGUAUUGUUUGAACCGGACUUUAGAUGCAUCUCUUGAAAUGAAGGUUUUUCUGGUUUAAGUGCUGUAAAACAAAGCUGGGUUAGGUUUGUUUUAGUGUGAUUUUUAACUUAUGUGUGUACAGAUUUUGUGGAAAUGUGUAAAAGACUACUGAUAUAACUGUUGAGCCCUGCGCAGGUGAGGUGAAGAUGUCUUCAGGUGUCUUUUGUGUGGCAAUCUGACUCUAAAAACAGCCGGUGCCUUUCACAGCGGUGCUUUUCAUCGACAGGCCCGUGUUACAUUUCUGCUGCGUUGCUCAGAAGCCCGGGGGCGUACCAGAGAAUCGUGAACACGCCGUUUAAUGGAACCAACUCUAUUGUUUAAAGUCUUUUAACUGGAUUUUCCAAUUUCCAUAAGAAACCACCUGAUUCCUGAUUAAAUCGGCGUCACGCCGACGUCUCCUUUAAGCAUGUGUGACCAAACCUGAUCAGCUGAUGUCAGAUCGCAUCACACUCUUGGUACAGCCUGACUUUAUACCUGUUUUAUAUCAAAACCUUAACUGCUUUAAACUUUGUUGCAGCUAACAGGAAGUUCCCCUUUACUUCCAUGUUGAAGCUUUGUUAACUUUUGCCUACGCUGAAUUUAGGAAGUAUUUGUUUUAAAAAGGAACUGUAAGUAUUUAUGAGCAAACGCAUGCCAUUAAAAUAACGAUUAAAAAUAAAUCUGUCUGGAUUUCUCACA